GCGGGAGAGCGCCGAGGGCCCGCGGCGCUUCCACGUGUGGCGGGGCGGCAGGGGGGGACGGGGAGCCGAGGGGGAGGGCUCACUUCGCAGCAAAGUUCCCGGAUGGUCGCAGCCUCCCGGCGCCCAGCGCUUUUCCUGCCCGCUCGGUUCAGCCCUACGGACCCGGGAGAAGUUUCCCAAGAAGAAAAAAAAAAUGCCCAGCGCGCCGCGGGAUCCUGCAGCCGCCGGGAGCCGCUGCGCGGUUUAUCAGCAAGAUUGGUGAAAGCUUGACUGUCCACGAUGCCUGUCCCUCCGCCUCCCGCACCCCCACCGCCCCCCACUUUUGCUCUGGCCAACACAGAAAAGCCUUCCUUGAAUAAGUCGGAGCAGGCUGGGAGAAAUGCUCUUCUCUCCGACAUCAGCAAAGGGAAGAAGCUAAAGAAGACAGUCACCAAUGACAGAAGUGCACCAAUAUUGGACAAGCCUAAAGGAGGCGGUGCCGGUGGUGGCGGAUUUGGUGGCGGUGGUGGUGGCGGUGGUGGUGGCGGAGGUUUUGGAGGGGCCGGUCCCGGUCUGGGAGGACUGUUCCAGGCUGGAAUGCCAAAGCUGAGAUCCACAGCCAACCGGGAUAGUGAUGCUGGGGGAACCCGGCCGCCCGUGCUGCCGCCCGGAGGAAGAGCCACGUCGGCCAAACCAUUCUCCCCGCCCAGUGGCCCCGGGAGGUUCCCGGUGCCCGGGGCCCCCGGGGGUCACCGCAGCGGCCCGCCCGAGCUGCAGAGGAGCCGGAUGCCACCCCCUCGGCCCGAUUUGGGCUCCAAGCCCGACAGCGCGCCCCCUCCAGUCCCCAGCACGCCACGCCCCAUCCAGUCCAGCCUACACAACCGGGGGUCCCCGCCCGUGCCCGGGGCUCCCCGGCAGCCCGGCCCUGGGCCAACGCCGCCGCCUUUCCCCGGCCACCGAGGCGCCGCUUUCGGGGGAGCCUCGGUGCGGCAGUCGCCGUCGGGCGCCCCCUCCCCUUUCUCCAACAGGCCGCCCCUGCCCCCGACCCCGGGCCGGGCCCUGGACGACAAGCCCCCGCCGCCGCCGCCCCCGGUGGGCAACAGGCCGGCCCUGCACCGCGAGGCGGUGCCGCCGCCGCCGCCGCAGAACAGCAAACCCCCGGUGCCCAGCACCCCCCGGCCCGUCCCCGGCCCCGCCGCGCAGGCCCCCCCGCCGCCGCCGCCCAGCCGACCGGGACCCCCGCCCCUGCCCCCCGGCCCGGGCGGCGCCGACGAGAUCCCGCGGCUCCCGCAGCGGAACCUGUCGCUCACCUCGGCCCCGGCCCCCGGCCCCUCUGCGGGACGCUCGGGCCCGCUGCCGCCCCCGCCCACCGAAAGGCCCCCGCCGCCGGUGCGGGACCCCCCCGGCAGGUCAGGUCCUCUCCCUCCGCCACCUCCAAUAAACAGAAAUGGCAGUGCCUCCCGGGCCCUGCCUGCCACCCCGCAGUUGCCAUCUAGGAGUGUAGUAGAUGGUCCCCGGAGUGGACCCAGGCCACCUCUGCCUCCUGACAGGCCUGGCACUGGGGUACCUCCACCACCUCCACCAUCAACAUCAAUUCGAAAUGGCUUUCAAGACUCUUCAUGUGAAGAUGAGUGGGAAAGCAGAUUCUACUUCCACCCGAUUUCUGAUUUGCCACCUCCAGAGCCAUAUGUGCCAACGACCAAGAGUUAUCCCAGUAAAUUGGCAAGAACUGAAAGCCGGAGUGGAUCCAACCGAAGAGAAAGGGGUGCCCCGCCUCUUCCUCCCAUCCCCAGGUGAUCUUUGCCGGUUCUUCGCCACAGGAACCCGGAGGCAACUUCUGUUGUUGUCCUCUAGGAGUUGCAUACCUUGUCUUCACUUGUCCCCAGCAGACUGGCUGCCAGGAAGAAGGGAGGGUGAUGUGGCAGCACGCAUGUGCGCUAUGGAAUCCAGUUAAGAAGUGCACCUCGCUUUUAUGUUGUGUAUAUCUACAAAGCUAUUGCUUGCUCAGCUGCAGCCCAGGCUGUUGGCUGCUGCUUGGGGUGGAUAGGCUUUUGUGAGCUGAGAUGUCUCAGCUUCCCACCCGCCAAAUUCACGUGUCCACUGCUUAUUUCCUGCAGACUAUAAUGAUUAAAGUUCCCGAUGACUGUUUUUUCCCCAUGUCUUUUUUUCCUUUCUUUCUUUCUUUUUUUUUAUGUAUAUGCUUGGCUUUCCAUCUGUUUCCAUGAACCAGAGACCACCUAAGCAGGGUGCUGAGCCAGGGCUCACAGGAAACAUUCACAAUUGCAGGACGCCCCGCUAACAAACAAAGACAGUUUGAGACCGGCUUUAGGACAGAGCUGUCUAAAAAAAAAUUGUGAGCCAUAUUGACAGUUUAAAAAUCCUAGCAGCCACAUUAAAAAGGGAAAAGAAAUAGGUGAAAUUAAUAUGUAGUAGAUGUUGUCUGAAAGAGUACUGUUUCAACCUGUAAUCACUAUAGCAAUUAUUCAUGAGGGGUUGUUUUUCCCCCUUUUAUUUUUUGGAGGAUUUGAAGUCCUCAGAACCCAGUGUGUAAUGAACACUCAGAGGACUCAGUCACAUUGCAAAUGCUCAGUAGCCACAUGUGGCCAGGGCUACUCUAUUGGACAGUACAGGUCUGAGACAGAGGCUAGUGUCCGUGCUGUUUGAAAAGAACGGGAAAGGCAAGACGAGCUUCAGCAAUUCAAGAAAAUAAGAGUAGGUAGUAUGCAGCACCUUAACCGGCAGACAGCUUGAUCUAUGAUUUUACUCCCUUUUCCCUUCCCUCCAUCUCCUCUCUCCAAGUGUUGUUCUGCAGGACCCAGGAUGGAAACAGAUCAGCUAGUUUUUUUUUAUUCCACCCAAGACCUGAAUGGCUCCGAGCCUGAGCCAGGCACCCUCUGGCUCUGUCCUUGUCAGCCGGUCUCCGAGGUGCACGUUUAAAGCAGCUGCUUUCUGCUCCCGCCUGGAUGGCUCUUCAGGGCAGGGAUGGGAGCUCAUCCAUUCCCAGUGUUGUGGGGAACCAAUGUCUGGGAAAGGCAGCAAAUCUGAAAUGUCUUUGUAGAAUGUCUUUGCCGUGGAUCUAUGCAAACAAAGCUCUGCUAACGGACCAGAGAGAAGAGCAGCCUUGCCUUUUGAAAUACGAUUUUGUUUACAAAACUUUAUUGGGACUUUUAAAUCUAGCUGUAGAGUUGGGAAAAAAAUAUUCCCUUUAGAUGUUUUAUACAACAGAUGAUGUUUAAAACUACCAUGAGGCCUUUCCCCCCAGCACCCCCCUUCCCCGCCUUAAAAGCACCAACCACAUAUGUAAAUCUAAAGUUUGUAUCAUGGGUUCAGCAGAUUGUUCAUAUAUUACUGGGAGAUACUAACCAGAAAUAAAUCCAAAGAAAAAUUGGAGCAGAACAUUCCUAUUUAUAGAAUAAGUCAUUGUUUUAUUUCUGUAAAAGCAAAAAGAACUUGGAGUUCAAAUGAAUGGAAUGGCUAAUAAAUUAUAAAGUGACUGUUUUCAAUAGAUUGUAUUUUUCUAUCUUUCCUUGCCAAAGUCCUGGACUUAGAAAUAUUUUAGAGAACUUGGAGAGAAAGAAUCCUUCUCUCCUCUACCAUUCAUCUAUCUUUAAUACCAUCACUUGGGAAAGUGACUCUACUGAAACAGGAAAAAAAGAAAUAUGAGGUGUAACAGUUUGACAAACUAUUUCCCAAAAAAAUAUUAAGCCCUAAUAUUUUGGUAUCAGUAUUUUGGAUUCUUUGAUCAGAUAGAGUUUGUUCAGAAACAUCCCCAUGGAAAAGCCAUUUGACCCACUGCAGAAAAGAUGGCAUUUAAUCUUUCUGCUAUAUAGCAAAAUCGAACCCAAAACAAGUGGGUCUGAAAUUUUAAGGGGUGGUGUGAAAGGAUCAAUUCCGCUAUGUGUCCCUACAAUUUUGUAGGUACCAUUGUAAAGUUUGAAGUAUGGUCAUACCUCCCAAUUGCUACUUAUUCAGAAGAGGGAUGUUUUAGAAUUUAUUCAAAAGAUGCUUAAAUGAAUAUUUCAUUAAUAAAUCAUACACUGUGAAGGCUAGUAACUAAUUGUAUCCAAAACUUUAAGUAAGUUCUAUUCUAAGAUUGUCAGCUAAGGCAAAUCACAGAAAUGAGUAUUUUUUCUUCCCUAAAAUUUUGAGCUCUCAAGUGUUUUUCCCAUAAAAUUUCAGAUAAAUGUAUUCAACAUGCAAUACAGUGUUUUAACAUUCACAUAUCAUUUUAUAUUGAAAUGUAUUACAGUAUUAAAAUUCAGUGUUUUAUAUUUAUUUCACUGUGCAUUUUAUUUAGCAAACGCUGAAAAAAGUUUAAUCAAAUGGUGCCUUACUUGUGAUUUGAAAGAAAUAAAUCUUUUUUUAUGUGUAAGUAGCAGAUGAUUUGCAUAUUUGUAAAAACUUUUAGGCAUUCCUAUUUUAACUUGUACUAUCAAUUUUUUAUGUUAAUAACAAGAAUGAAAUAAUUGCUUAAAGCAUUCCAAUUUUUUUGAAAUUAAGUUUUCCCUGGUUUUAGUUAGUAAAGGAAGGAAGACAGGUUUUUCAUACCAGUGCACUAUGUAAACAUGCACAUUUUGGUAUCUUCUGCCAUGUGGGAUAGUUUAAAUGGUGGGGUAGUGUCUACCCUAGAGAGCUCUGUCUUUGUAAGUUAGCCAGACAAUAAAUAAAACCAGAAUGAUAUGCA